GUCGCCCUCAUUGCCUAAUUUAUUAUUUUAUUUAUUAAAAAACCUAAGGAAUUUUAGUUUAACCUUCUUUCAAAUUAAUGUUGAUAUUUAAGUGAUGUGAACUGUAACUUUAUAUACCACAGUAUAUUAUAAUACAUUGUUCUGUGUAUCUUUAGGUAGAAGGUGGUGUACCAGAAGGACUUGAAGACGUGCCAGGCUGUGGCUCUGAUAAGUUGAUCUCAAGAUUCUUUCUUGGCAAUUUCCCAAAAUAAGAUUCAAUUGGGUUGGAUAAUUUUCUUUUUGUGGAUUUCCCAGGAAGUGACAACCAGGAUGGCAGCAGCUGGAAAUAAUUCGAGUUCUAUGAAAGAGUGUUACGAGAACUAUAUUUUGAUCGAUACUGGAACGAAUCUAACAAAUAAAAAAUUUGGAAGAGAUCUAGAGUCUGUCAUCAAAAGAGCUACUGAUGCAGGAGUCCAGAAAAUGAUAGUUAGUGGAAGUUCUAUGAAAUCUAGUCGAGAAGCCCUUCGAUUGGCUCACAUCUAUCCAGGAACAUUGUAUGCAACCGCCGGUGUACAUCCGCACGAUGCCAAGUCCUGGACUGACGAGACACUGGCAGAGUUACGAGAGGUGGCAUCGUGUACAGAGUGUGUGGCCGUUGGAGAGUGUGGACUCGACUACAACAAAGACUUCUCACCUCCUGAUGUGCAGCAGCAAGUGUUUGAGAAACAGGUAAAACUGGCCUGCGAAUUAAAAAAGCCACUAUUUCUGCAUGAACGAAAUGCACAUGACGAUCUGAUAAAAAUUCUGAACAAACAUAUCGAUAGUCUUCCAAUGGUGGUGAUCCAUUCUUUCACUGGGACUCUUGCUCAAGUCCAAACCUACGUCAAGAUGGGCAUUUAUAUAGGAAUAACAGGUUAUCUCUGCAAAGAUAACUCUGAAGACGGAGUACAGUCGUUGCUAGUAGCUGGACACCUUCCUUUAGAAAAUAUCUUGGUGGAAAGUGAUUCUCCGUUCAUGUACCCGAAUGCACGAGGAUCCAAACUGCCUGCGACUAUUAAAGAGGCCCUAACUGAAAGGUCUCUCUCGUUUUUGCAACGGUAUUGCACAUUCCAACGGAAUGAGCCGUGUUGUCUUCCAGCGAUAGUCGAGAUGAUCGCUGCGUUCCUACACAAGUCACCAGAAGAUGUCGCUCUACAGACUGCCUUCAACGCUCUCAAAGUCUUCGGUCUAUCCUAAUGUGCCUAUGUCAUACCUCAUAUGUGCUCUUUACUCAUCGACAAUAUGAUUUAUUGUUAUUGUUAUAGCUACGAUUGAAAUAUAUAUUUGUGUAUUAAAA